UGUUAAUCUGAACAGGAUGUAAACAAAAGCGGCCUAGCAACUCAAGCUUAGCAGACAGCGUGAACGUUUGGCGAAGUGUUCCGAUGGCAUUAUAGUUUUGUUUCACUUAUUAAUCGUUAAAGUGAAACAAAGAUAAUGGCGUUCUUCGGACUCAGCCAGUUGGGAUAUCAAAAUACCAUAAGGGAGGGGUCGGCACGAGCUAAAGCCGAUCCACAAAGUCUAAGGGCUAAAACUCAACUUGGGUUUGUAGCUCUUCCUCCGUUGCAAGACAAAAAUCCACCGCGACGGUCGAUUGUUCCGAUAAAUCAAGUGUCGGGAUACGGUCCGGGACCCGAGGGAUCGCACGUUGAGCAUACAAGAAUGAGGACAAAACACAUCAGGAACCCGAGAGAGCCUAUAGAGCUGUACCGUAUCCCACUGACCACCUCCUCACAGCUGGGCUGGUGGCGAACAGAUGAGCCCCUGAGGGAGCGUCAGCCUUGGACCUAUGUCAAGAGGAAUGUCUCGGUCAACAGUGAGAUGACAAGAUUUGUAAAUGAGAUGAGCCUUACAAAUCGAGAAUUCACACUGUUCUAGAAGAAGUACCUACUCCCUCGUGAUCUGUCCUGGCACGUUGUUUUAAAGAUUUCUGGGACCAUCGCAGUAUUCACCAUUUGUGUUAAUGAGCGAGUGAGAAAGUCGAGAAAUAUUGAUGUUAUAUAAAUAGUGGGUAAGGGUGACAGAAAUAGAAAAUAUGAAAACCAUCAAAGUAUUUAUUUUCUUUACAUGUACACCAAUAUAAGAUGUGACAACACAGUAAUUCUCCUGAACUUAAAUUGUUAAGCUUUGAGCAGGUUGUUCUUAUUCUGUGAGUUUUGUGGAGGAAAAUCCUACUUUUUCCAGUAGAAAAAAAUCUCUCAUUGCACUGUCUUUAUCAAUAUUUGUCUUAUUCAAAUUAUGAAAUAUUUUACUUGGUGAUCAGAGUAUCUUGAAGCAUAUUACAGAAAAUGAAAUACUUUUAGAACUAUGUUUUGAUAUAAAAAUUAUGUUUUUACUUGGUACAAAGAACAACAGAUUUUAUCAUUUAUGAACCAUUACGGUGGAGAACAGGAAAUUUAUGGUUGCUAUUUGCUCUGUGUCAGACAGACUUACGAGUAUUACAUAUUGGUUGAUGGUGGUGUCAAUAUAUAUGUAGAUAAUAUGCUGUAUUAUAAUGCAUUUUUAUUAUAACAUGAUGGGAAAAGUUUAAAAGGGAAGGUUCAUUAUAUAAGUAUUUAUUACUAACACAGUAUAAUUCUGGCCUGGAACAAGUUUUGCCUUUUUUGUAUUUUGUUUUUAUCUGAAGUAGAUCCGGUAAAUGCUUUGAAUGUGUUUAAGCUGUAGGUACAAAGUAUAUCCAUGAGCUUGCUCAGCAGAGUAAACAGAAAUUAUUUUCUUUUUUAACCUAUUUACACUUCGUGAAAUGUUUUAAUACUUAAACCAGAACCGGUCACAAUUCAGAGUUUAAAUAGAUUCAGUAUUUUUUGUUUCAAUGUAUUUUUAUAUAUAUAUAAAGAUAUGCUAACAAUUGGCUAGUCUUUAUUUUUGUUUGUUUAUGCUCAAAGUAGAUUGUUUUUAUAUUAAAUAUUCUAUUUCUUCAUAUAUAUAUAUAUAUCUUAACAUAUUAAGUAAUGAUACAAGAUAACUGUUUCUAUUUCCAUUUUAAGCCAUUUUUCUCCACAUACCAUUUCAUGAUCUAUUCAUUUUUCAUAUACAAAGAGAAUUAUAUUAUACAUUGAUAAUUCUAUUUCUACAUUUUAGUCACUAUACAUGUACCACAUAUAUUUUUACACAAAAUUAUUCUCAGAUUGUUUGUAAUUCUUUUAUAUUGGGUAGAUUUCCACCAAGUCUUACAUAUGAGAGCAUAAUUCAUUUUGAUGCAAUAUUUUAGAUUAAUUCCAAUAAAUGAUUAGAUAUUUUAGAGUGGAUCCUAAAAUUUGUAAAUGUUGUGAAAUUAUUUUUUUAAUGAAUGAUUUCUGAAAUAAAGUGCUCAGGUCGAUUAAACAGACGGAAGGUUUGUGUUUUUCACCAUUUUCAACAUGUAGAGAAUAAAUACAAUUACACUUACAGAAUGUAAGUAUUCUAUUUAGAUUAAAACUGCAAAAGCAAUUAAGAUGAUUUAUAUAAAGCUAAAUGUAAGAACUUGGUUUGUUUUAAAUUCGUACCCUUUCUUUGGUGUCCUGAAAAUAUUUUGACACAAACAGUUUCAAAAGAUGUUUAUGCAGUCACUAGAUCUGUGUCAUAAGAGGUCUUGUAGAAAAUAUAAAGGAAUAUUUUAUAUCUCUCACAUGGUUGAAUUUCAUGUUAAGCUUUGAAUUACAAACAGUAUUCACCUGUUGAAAUCAAAAUAAAUACAAAAGUUAA